AUGCAUAAAUCUAAUGCAACGGGCAGUCUGUUGCUCUACAAGGGUGUUGGGGUCCAUCGGGCCGAGAACCUCGAUACAUAUUGGCAAGAAUUCCAUCGAGGGGAGGGCGUUCCCAUAUUUUUUCAUUUUCUCGUCCGCUGCGCUGGCCGCGGCCAAACCGCAUUCUUUACUUGUCAGGUUUACGUAUCGUUCGGCGAGGGUGCCAGGGAUCGUAACAUCCCACGCCAAACAUCUGCCGGCUCUCCAAGGGCGGUGCACAGGGCUCCGUCAAAUUCGCCCAAUUUAGAAGGGUCAAUGUGUUUGGAUGUACGCAGGAAGUACAUCAAUUUGGUCAAACUGAGGGCAUUGCGGAUAAUCGUCAAGGCAUCAUGGGCCGAAAAGUUUAGAGUAAAAUUUCACAAAAACCGCCAGUAA